GCAGGGGCAGGAUGGGGGAGGCUGGGGGUCUCGGGCAAUAGUUGGCGCUGCUAGGUCCGCGUUGUGGAUUCCGGGCGAGCUAGGAUCUAGAGUCUAGACAGAAGGAUGAGAUACCCUGGAUAUGACUCGGUGAGAGACGUGACGUGAAGGGGUUUGGCAAGACCCGGGGAACCCACUUAGAGAGCCCCCUUCCUCUUUGUCCCACCCCUCCUGAGACUCCUUAGCGACCUCCGCCCGCGACCUAAGUCAGCUAGCCACCGGACUCUGCUGGUCGGAGCAAUGAUGACAUCUAGCGGACGGUGCCAGGACGGCCCCGGUGGCGACGGCGGGGACCCCAGCCUCGAGGAGGUGCUGUUGGAGGGCUGGGGUGGCGCUUCAGCACCAGCGUGAGCCGGACAGCGCCUCCCACCCCCAGGCCCUCCAAACCCAGCUUUGGAGCUCCUCGGAAGGGACUCAAUGGCAGACCCUGAAGGAAUUCAGAACUUCUCUGGACCGCUCCCGACAGACCCAGGUGGCCUCCAGUUAGCAAAGCUGCAAUUCGGGAACCCACCGUUCUCCCCUCUCUAAGCCCCUCUUCCCUCCUUGCCCAGCCUGGGCGGAGAGAAGGGUCACACGUCUGUCUGUUCAUACUACACUUCCCAACGCCAGUUCAAGUUUUCCAAGAGAGGGUCCCGGAAGAGGACUGGGGACAGGGCAGGAAAGCUGCACAACCAGAAACCUGCAAGCUAAACUCAGUCCCUGGAAUCAAGUGCUGCGGAGCUCCUGGCUGCCCGCUCACGGUCCCAGAAGCUGCCCCAGCGAUCGCAUGGCCCCAAGGACUUCCUCCCGGACCGCUCGGCGACCCAGGCCGAGCGGCUGCGCCUCUGUCGCGCAGAGCUCUGGCAGCUGCUGGCCGAGGAGCGCGUGGAGCGCCUGGGCAGCUUGGUGGCAGCUGAGUGGAGGCCAGAAGAGGGCUUCGUGGAGUUGAAGUCUCCUGCGGGUAAAUUCUGGCAAACCAUGGGCUUCUCAGAACAGGGCCAGCAGCGGCUUCACCCGGAAGAGGCUUUGUAUCUGUUGGAGUGUGGCUCUAUUCAGCUCUUCCACCAAGACCUGCCACUGUCUAUCCAGGAGGCCUACCAGCUGCUGCUGUCUGGGGAUACUGUGACUUUCCUGCAAUACCAGCCACCUGAAGAGAUUGGGCUAUGUGGUUCGACGAUUCCAUCCGAGGAACCCCACCAGGAGCACCAGUGUGAGGAAGUGGAUCUGUUGCCCACCUGCUGUUCAUUCUCACUCCACAGCUCUGUCCUGUCCCCUUACGAGAGACAGCUUAACUUGGAUGGCUGUGCCCAGCGCCUGGAGGAUGGGACUAGCAAGAGGAAGCGGAAUGCCCGCUCUGAGUCUCUUAGUAAGAAAGCCAAGGCCCUGGAGAACUGCCUGCCACCCACAAGCCUGGCAGCCUCCAACCCCCCUGACUGCAACCAGAAUAGCCGUUGUUCAGUGGAGAAACCACAGGAGUCGAGCCCUGCAAAAGGUCCAGGAGUCACCAUUCCGUUUCUGGAAUCCCUGGAGCCCUGCGCUAGUCUGACCAGAGAGGGUGUGGGGUAUGACCAGGAGAGUGGCAAAGUGGAGAAUGGAGUCAAGGGGGCUCGGAAGCCACGCUGGAACUUUGAGCAGAUCUCCUUCCCCAACAUGGCUUUGGACGGGCGCUACACCCUCCUAUCUGCCCCAGCCCCAGAGUUGCUCCCAGCCAACGUUACUGGGCGGGAGAUAGAUGCUGAGUCCUGGUGUCAGAAGCUGAACCAGCGGAAGGAGAAGCCCUCCCAACGGGACCAGGAACGACAAGCAGAGGCCCGGCAGUUCCGCGAGGACAUAAACACAGACCCUGAGGUGCGGUGCUGCUCCAGCUGGCAGGAGUACAAAGAGCUGCUGCGGCGGCGAGAGGUGCACAAGAGCCAGAGCUGCCCCCGACACCUGUGGGGUCAGCCCAUCACCCCCUUGCUGAACCCAGGACAGGUGGAUUCCCCAGCCCUGGCCCUUCAGCAUAUCUCCAUGCUGCAGACAACACACCUAGCUGAUGGAAGUGCUGGGCUGCUGGAGAAGUCUGGGGGCUUGGAGAUCAGUUUUGAUGUUUACCAGGCUGAUGCUGUGGCCACAUUCCGAAAGAAUAACCCUGGCAAACCCUAUGCCCGGAUGUGCAUUAGUGGAUUUGAUGAGCCUGUCCCAGAUCUCUGCAACCUCAAGCAGUUGUCCUACCAGAGUGGGGAUGUCCCACUAAUCUUUGCCCUGGUGGAUCAUGGGGACAUCUCCUUCUACAGCUUCAGGGACUUCACGCUACCUGGGGAUCUGGAGCACUGACUGCAGCUCUGAGGGUGCUGGAGCCUCCUCUGGGAGACCUGAACUGCUUGCUCUCAGGGACCAUCUCAGCUGUCUCCUGUACUGACACUCUUACCUGUAGGGGCCAGUGUGGGCCUUGCUUGGCCCUGGGUGUAUGAUACUUGCAGGAAAGUGAAAUCCUGCCCCAUAUCCUAACCCCCUUUCCUGGGCUCUGCAGCUUCCAAGUCUCAGCAUUCCUGAGAAUGCUGCCCUGCAGUGACCCUCUUGGAACUCAGGACUAGAUUUCAGAGGCCCAGGAGGUGGAGCAGAAGAGAGGACUCUGUGCCUUUAACAAGAGGGUGCCUGUUUUGUGCCAUAAAACCAAAGCCAUUAAAAAAUAUAUCUUUUUUUCUGCU